UGCACUUGACCCUCCAGCACUUUAACCCAGUCCUGUAUUUAUUUAGUCUAUUAUUUAUCUGAUUUUAUUCACCUAGUCCAUGUAUGAUCACUAAUACAUGUGUUUAUGUGAUCUACUGACAGCUUUGAAGAGUUGACCACGAGAAGAUAGAGAAAUUCAGAAUGAAUUGUCCAUACUCCACAGCUGUGCAGUACUGCCCCGAGCUCCCCUUUCAUCGGUAUAGAGACCCCUCCUCCCGUUUGUCCUGGACAGAGAGUUCCUUCCUGGCCUCCAUAAUGUCACAGAACCAAUCAGAACAGAGCUCUGACAUCCUCAGUCAGGAUGUGUUCAACCAGCUGCUGGAGAUGCUGGACCAGUCUGCAUUCCACUCGUCGCAGCCCAUAGAGCUGAACUUCUCAGACAGCCCAGCAGACGGAGACGGACCAGCAGGGAACACCAUCCAGAUCAGCAUGGACUGCAUUAGCAUGCACGAGGGACAGGAACCACUGUCUUCCCAGUAUACCAACCUGGGCCUGCUGAACAGCAUGGAUCAGAACAUCCAAAAUGGCGGCUCUACCUCCACCAGUCCCUACAACAACGACCAUGUCCAGAACAACGUGUCAGCUCCUUCACCCUACGCCCAGCCCAGCUCCACCUUCGACGCCAUGUCCCCCUCCCCGGCUAUCCCCUCCAACACAGACUACGCUGGGACACACACCUUCGAUGUCUCCUUCCAGCAGUCCUCCACAGCUAAGUCUGCCACCUGGACGGUAAGAGUUKAUGUCAAAUCGAUAGAGUUUUGAAGUUGAUUACUUAAU